AUGACUCGAGCUUGCGUCCUGGUCUUAUGGCUCUCCAGCUUUGCAAGCCAAGCCGCAAAGUUGAGCUGGCAAGACUGCGGGCUGCUUGCAGACGAGAGGGGUAUCGAGCUGAUAGACUACAAGCACGAGCCAGAUCCGAUCGUGCUCGGCCAACCCUACACUAUCACCCGGCGCUUCCGCUCGCUUCUUGACCGGCCGAUCCGGAAUCUCACCGAGAAGUUUCAAUCCUACAACCAGACCGCGUCAGCAACAUGGUCUCCAAGCUUUGCUGGCGGCCCGUUCUCACGCUGCGGCACGGCGCAGUACCAGACAGAGUGUCCGUUGCAGCCAAAGGCGGAGUUUGCUUUCCACGAGCAUCAUCCUGCCACCCAUGUGAAGGCAGCCGGGACGCACAGAGCCGUCGAGCACUACUUUGCAGAUGACACCUUUGCGGGCUGCGCAGUGGUGGUCUACAUGUACACGACGCCGACGGCAACUGCAAUUACAUUGUAG